AUUUUGCGAACGGCGAGCAGCAGCGGCGGCCCGGAGAGGUGCAGCGGAGGUUUCCUGGUUUCGGACCCCCAGCGGCCGGAUGGUGAAAUCCUCCCUGCAGCGGAUCCUCAACAGCCACUGCUUCGCCCGAGAGAAAGAGGGGGAUAAACCCAGCACCACCGUCCACGUCAGCCGCGCCAUGCCAGUCCUCAGCCUCCACAGCAGCGGCAGCCGCAGCAGCGAGAGUUCCAGGGUCUCUUUUAAUUGCUGUAGUAACCUGGGUCCAGGGCCUCAGUGGUGCUCCUGAUGUCCCUCACCCACCCCUGAAGAUCCCAGGUGGGCGAGGGAAUAGUCAGAGGGAUCACAAUCUUUCAGCUAAUUUAUUUUAUUCUGAUAAUCGGCUGACUGUAACAGAGGAACUAACGUCUAAUAACAGGACAAGAAUUCUAAAUGUCCAGUCCAGGCUUACAGAUGCCAAACACGUUAAUUGGAGAGCAGUGCUGAACAACAACAGCCUCUACAUUGAAAUUCCAGGUGGUGCUCUACCUGAAGGGAGCAAAGAUAGUUUUGCAGUUCUUCUGGAGUUUGCAGAAGAACAGCUUCAUGUUGAUCACGUCUUUAUCUGCUUCCACAAGAAUAGAGAUGAUAGAGCUGCAUUGCUCCGUACUUUCAGCUUUUUGGGCUUUGAGAUUGUGAGACCAGGGCAUCCCCUUGUCCCCAAGAGACCAGAUGCUUGCUUCAUGGCCUACACAUUUGAGAGAGACUCUUCGGAAGAAGACUAGAUUGCAAUGUUUUGCAUCUUUAGAGCUUUCUUGUUGUCUGUAAAGAUGAGUCUGUGGAAAUUUUGUCAACAUCGAUUACAGUGCAUUUAAUGUUGUGCUUUGUACGAAAUAUUGUGACCAACUGCUCUAGUGGUGGGAUGUUGAAAAUUUCAGACUUUAUCAUCUUUUCUGGAUUUGUCCGCAUGUUGUGAUUGUGCAAAUAAAUGCUCACUCCAAAUUAGCAGUAUAUUUCUUGAAGUUUAAUAUUGUGUUUGUGAUACUGAAGUAUUUGCUUUAAUUCUAAAUAAAAAUUUAUAUUUUACUUUUUUAUUGCUGGUUUAAGAUGAUUAAGACUAUCCUUACACAUUCAAAAGAAGUUUAUUUGAAGUAAAGUAGUAUCCUAGGCACCAAAAUGGUAGGUCUCUUAACUUUGAAAGAGAGGUAUUAAUCUGCCCUUCUAUUGCUCUCAAAUCAGAAUAAAAAGAUUAAAACUA